UAUAAACAAGUACAUUAGAAGUAGAAGGACAUUGAGGAAGUGUGGAGGAUUUGGAGUGCUUUUUCCAUAGCCAACACAGUAUAAAAAAACCAACAUGGGAUCGUCUUCAUCUAGCCAGGGAUCGUCUUCAUCUAGUCAAGGAGGCAGCUCAUUAAAGCCGAAGACCGGCAACGCGUGGACCAAAACCUUGUUCUUCGACCCCGAAGCAGACAAAUUACAAAAGCAAGAUCACACCUUUCCUGACAACGAGCUUCUGAUAAAGAGUUUAACAUUCAUCCGAAUGAGAUGGACAACUAAAACUCAGGUCCAAGUUUAUACAGCAGCACACAAAAAAAACCGGAAAGACUAUGUACCAUUCAAUGUGCCCUUUUUUAAACAUGGCACACACAUUUUCUUGGUUGUCAGAGUUGGUUCUGAAACAUGGUUGUCCCUGGAGAUUAAUAAUGGGGGUAUUACAAUUCAGCAAAGCCAAAGACUUGAUGCUGUAAGAGAUUUUUGCCGGGGCGUAACGCGCAUAAACGUGAAAGGACCAAAACAAAGCAGCGGGGCAAAGGUCACAAUAGGUGAUUUAUUUGCAUGGUUACAGAAAAGGUCCAAACAGUGGAGGCAGUCAAACUGUUACGAUUUUGCUACCGAAAUGUUCGAAUAUCUUACUGAAACGACACUUGAAAUCACAAAGCCUGAGGACGUAUGUGGAAAUGAGAUAAAACCUGAUGAAGAUGGUAAAUAUUAUGCCUACAUCAACGCAGAGGCUGAUCCAGAAAAAGUGAGCUCAAAGUACUGGAUAACAGAUGAUAAACUGAAAUACCUACUUGAAUCGUAUCUUGACGCAGAUGAGAAAAUAAGGACUGUUACUGCCUAUAAGAUUCCUCUCUCCGAGAAACAGCUGACCUUUGUGCUAGUUUACCACCUAUUCAUAGUUUUUGAAACAGAUGCUUGGUGGUGGUCGAUCGAAAAAAAUAGUGAAGGCCUUACCAUUCAACGGAGCAAGAAACAAGAAGCUGUGCGGGACAGCUACCGACAGGCACCCAGGCUGUCAAAGGACCAAACUUAUUGGAAAAUUACUGAAGUGAAAUCCAAAGCUGGGAACAAGACGAUUAAGGAACUGAUAGCCUGGCUUGAAGAGGAGAAAUGGCUCAACCGCACCUACCACUACCUUUCCAGCAACUGCCAACACUUUGGUAACGCAGUGUUCAAUUAUGUAUCUGAAUGAUGCAGUCUUAAAAUUACAACAUAGAAAUUGUUACAAUGGAAAGAAAAUCAAGUCACCAGUAUCAAAGAAUAUACUCUGGCUGACUUACUAGGCCACACUUUUUUGUUACUUUCGAUUUUCCAAUCAAAAAUGUACUUUUUGUGCUUUGAAUGGGACAUGGGUAAAUCUAGGUUACUCAGAAAAUACGAAAAAUAUUUUGGUUUCAGGGUUCAGGGGGGGGGAGCAAAGACAUAUCCUCCCCAUAUUUGGGCAUGGGGGUAUAUCCCCCAUCAUAUUGAUUAACUAGAACUAUGAAUUUGCUUGGCAGCAAAUUGAAUGGUCCCCACUAAUUAGGGUUGAGGGAGGUGUGAAGAUGUACAAUGGAAGUUGUGAGGUAGGGAGGCACCUGGGUAGAAGAGCAAAGAAGGUAGUUGCUUUGUGGGAUUAAAUCAAGUACUUCUGUAUUUUGGAGUUGUCCAUAGGACUAACAUAGUAGCAGCAUCUGGUUUUCCUCAGAAUUGGCUAGUGGUGGUGGUUUUCAUGGCAGGCACAGCUGCUUUGGUCCAUUUAGGAAUAAUUGAGUUGUCAUUUGAAAAGGUAUGCCGUGUCAUGAAAAUUGAAGAUACAGUCAACCUUGCCAAAGUUGAACUUGCAUAUGCCGAGAUCUGAUUAAGUUGAAGCAAAUUUCAUGCUUAUCUUUUGAAUAAUCAUCACCUAAGUAGACUUUGUGUAAGUCGAAGAAAAAUCUAUGGUCCCAAUAGGUUCGACUAAGGUGAGGUCUACUGUACUACGUUUUGUUUUGAGAUGACAAUUCAAUUAAAUCCUUUUUUAUACUUUUGAUAGAAUAUGAAUAACUAAGAUACAAGAGAUUACUAGAAAUUUGAAAUUUGCUUGUCAGCAAAUUUGAUAGCCCCCACGGGCCCACACAGUACACGUAUGGAGGAUUGAAGUCUAUUCCGUUUCGCGGAUGAUCUAUUUCCGGACAAACACGCUCGCGCUUUCUCAAAAUCACACGCUCAAUAACAUUUAAACAACACCCUAACCUUUUCAGAUGGGCAGGAUGGAUCAUCGAUAAGCAUUUAAGGCUAUUCCUUUAUUUUAUUCCUACAUUCAACCGUCGUUCUUUGCUCAAAAUACUCGACAGCUCGCCACUUCGGGGGAUCCCCCACUUCGGCAAAGAGAUACCGCCGCCAUGAUGCAUGAGGAUAUGACGUCACCAUUACGGGGCGGAGCUUAUAUGCUAAUGUACGUGUCGUGCCGGAGAUUUGAAAGCAAAUCAGAAAAAUCGGCGCAUAAAAACGCUUCAAAGUCAUCAAAAUUAUCCAAAUUUCGAAAAGUCUUUGGUGACGUUGAAUGGUUGGGGUUAUGUUUGGUGGUAUACGGAAGAAAGAUUUUUGGUUUAUUUAGGUGUUUUAGAGAACACUCACAAUAAUGUUUGUGGGUGAACAGACAGAAGAAUGUAGAACUUCCAGCAAUCUCAAUAUGGUCCCCAGACUGUUGGUCUGGGGCCCAUAAUUAUGUGUUUGAAACUUACGUUUUAAAGCCUUAAGUGGUGUUUUAAACAGAUUUAAGCAUCCUGGUGGAAACCCCGGGUUUAGAAUAAGAUUUAGCUGCCACUUUUCCCCCACAUGUUAUAUUUUCACGCCAAAGUUCAUUUGCCUCCUUCCUGAUCAGCGCCCCUAGUGGUGAGCAUCAGGGCUGUUUACACGGGACCAAACUCAUCUAGAUCGAUCCAAGUCGGUCUAGAUAAGUCUGCCGCGUAAAUGUGCACGAAUGUGAUCUGGUCUGGUCCGGUUCGAUGAACAUACUGACGUCAUUCCGAAACAUACAUCAUUCACGACGUCGUGGGCGACGUGAUCUGGUCUGGUUUGGUCGGGUUUGGUCCCACGUAAACAGCGCUAGUGUCGUUUGGGCAAAAAUUGCCGACUUAUCACCUCAACGUUUGAUGUUUCCGACGUGAAGAAUGGGCCUACAAUCUACUAACCUUCG